AUGUCUCCUGAGUAUGCCAUGGAGGGAGUUUUCUCUAUAAAAUCUGAUGUCUACAGUUUUGGAGUUCUAUUGCUGGAAAUCGUGAGUGGUAGGAAAAGCAACAAUUUUUACCACACUAAGCACUUGGUCAAUCUUGUUGGAUAUACAUGGGAAUUAUGGAAAGAAGAUGCCAUGUUAUACUUAAUGGAUCCAACACUCAGUGAUUCAUUCAUCAAGGAUCAAAUGCUUCGAUGCAUUCAUGUUGGUCUCCUAUGCGUAGGAGAUAGUGCAAUUGAUCGACCAACAAUGUCAGAUGUUAUAACUAUGUUGGCAAAUGAUUGUUUGACACUAGCUUCCCCUGAAAAACCCAUAUUUUCUAUUGCUAGAAAAGCAAUUGAAGCACAUAUAUGUGAGAAAGAAUCAGAAAAUUAUUCAAUAUAUGGGUUAUCCAUUUCCGGUAUGGUUGCACGAUAA